AAAAUGAGGAAACCAGAGGUAGCAAGUGCAGCCACUCAUCAAGUAAAGAAGAUGAAGAAGGGACUAUGGUCUCCAGAGGAAGACUCAAAGCUGAUGCAGUAUAUGAUAAGCAGUGGGCAAGGAUGCUGGAGCGAUGUAGCCAAAAACGCAGGCCUUCAACGAUGUGGCAAAAGCUGUCGUCUUCGUUGGAUCAAUUAUCUUCGUCCUGACCUUAAGCGUGGCGCUUUCUCUCCUCAAGAAGAGGAACUGAUUAUUCGCUUUCAUUCCAUUCUCGGCAACAGGUGGUCUCAGAUUGCAGCACGAUUGCCUGGUCGGACAGACAACGAGAUCAAGAAUUUUUGGAACUCUACAAUAAAGAAAAGGCUAAAGAAGUUGUCUGAUACAUCCAACCUCGUCAACAACUCAUCCUCGUCACCCAACGCAAGUGAUUUGUCUUCUAAUAUUACCUCCUCUUCUUUGGAGCUUAAAGACAUUAUAGGAAGCUUCAUGUCCUUCCAAGAACAAGGAUUCGUCAACCCCUCUUUAACCAACAUACCAAUAACCAGCAACAAUUCAUUCCAAGCACCACACAUGAUCAACCACCCUUGUAAUGACGAUUUUACCCCUUAUGUAGAUGGUUUAUAUGGAAUACAUAACACAGGGCUACAAGGGGAACUAUGCUUUCCACCAUUGGAGUGUCAAGAAAGUGAUUGGUACAAGGCAGAUAUUAACACUAAGGGAGAUGGAAAUGUCCAUGAGAGUAUGAGAAUGGAAGAAUAUUGGGACCUUGACCAGUUGAUGAGCACUGAGGUUCCUUCAUUUCACUUCAACUUCAAACAAAGCAAAUAA